AUGGAUCACGAGCACGACGCGGACUUUUCAACGGAUGAGGUGGAUCACGAGCACCGAAGUACAAGUACCAAAAAUGGUGGCAAGAAGGAUGACGGGAAUAAAGGUGAUGGGAAAGGGGAUAGAAAGGGUGUGAUCAACAGGGUGAACAGGGCAUGUAACAACUGCAGAAGGAUGAAGAUGCGUUGUGUGGGUGCGGAUGACCCUCCUUGCAAGCGAUGUCGAAAUGGAGGAUUGGAGUGUGUGAUGGAGAAGCCUGGAAAACCCAGUGGAGGCGAUGGUCAUGUUGGCGAAGAUCGAAUACGAUCACUCGAAAGUCAAGUAUCGGCAAUACAGAAUACGUUGACAGAUCUAGUCACGACGCUUCGGGCUGGCAUGUCAUCUGGAGCAUCGAACGCUUCAGCUCCCACGCCCGUCAAUGCCAGUACGACUACUCCGGACUAUGGCCCCUCCAUCGGUAGUCUCCCAUUACCCAAUUCAACUAUUCAUAGUUUGAUGGGUCCCCCGCAUGGUAAUUCGCCUACAAUGAAUCCAGCAGCAAUGGACGCAUAUGGUCGUGUACCUGUACCAAAUGUAUUUCCCAAUACACAACCAGCUCAGAAUCCAAAUCAUACAAACAAUCCUGUCGAUCCUUUCCGAUCCCUCGCAGGGGCAAUAGCAAACAACCAGACUUUCGUCCCUCCUACACAAGAGCCUCGCCAACCUGUCGUGCUUGAUGAGAAUCUAAGAAGACAAAGUGUCCCAGUAGGUAUUCCCACAUGGCCAUUAGGUCAUCUAGCUGAACAAGAACAACCUCACACUCGUCAUAUGUCAUUACCUCCUUCUAGAGCUGGCUCAAUGGGACCGGAAGAUAUCCUUGGUCCAGAGGAGAUCAUCAACCCUCUAGGGGAAAUGUCGAAUAUGGCGGGGUUGGUAGAAGCUGCCGUAGAAAGAGCUAGAGAAGAACAAGCCAAUUCGGGAAGUACCAACGGUGGAACUCCGAUGAAGAGGUCUGGAAGUGAUAUGGAAAGAUCAGGUUCAGGUAACGAGGAUAAAAAAUCAACUAAAAGAGCUCGGUUCAUCCCUCCCCAUCCUGUCGCCUAUGGACCUGCCAUCUACGAAAACCAGAAUCUCCCUCCGAUAGCUGUCGGACCAGGGUACAAAGCUGGACCGAAGAGACAACAUGUUCAUGCGUUUCCGGAUGCCGUGACGGAAGGUCUGGUCUCAGAAGAGGAGGGUAGGGAGAUGUUGAAAAUCUACUAUAUGGGUUCAUCAAACUUUAUACCUUGUUUCGAUCCCAGAUAUGAUACUUGGGAUUCACUUCGCACCCGAUCACCUUUUGCUCUUACGACUAUCAUCUUUGUCGGAGCUCGAGUCAGAGAUGGAGGUGGACCUCACAGUGCAACGCAAACUCUAUGUAGAGCUCAUGCGGAGAAAAUAGCCGUCAAUACCCUUUUCCAUCCUGUGCAACGUAUCGAAGCAGUACAAAGUAUGAUCCUCUUAGCAGCUUACAGGGAUAGUGGUUGGCUUCUUGGGGGUCAUGCAGUGAGAAUGGCGGUAGAUAUGGGAAUCAAUCGAUCUUUCUUACACUUACUUAGAACCGGUAUGGGUAAAGGCAAAUCAGAACCCGAAUUGGAACAAGAACGAUCCCUGGUCGUACAAUCUAGAGUUUGGUUAUGUCUUUAUCUGAUGGAACAUCAAAUGGCUUAUGGAACUGGACGUCCAGCGAUUAUCCGCGAAGACGAAACGAUUCAUCAAUGUCGUCGAUUACUUGAACAUCCUUUAUCGAUCCCUUCGGAUGCAAGAUUAGUAUCGACUGUUGAGAUGACCGCUCUUCGAUCACCAUUACAUAUCGAACUUACUUCCACGCCCGACUUGCCAAUCACUGAAGGUACACUCAAACGAUUGAAACAGGCAAAUAACGAUUUUGACGCUUGGGAAAGAUACUGGGAUAGGGUCCUGUCAGAUAGAUUCGGAAAAGGAAAAGGUGAUUUCUUUAGGGAAUCUCUGAUAAUCCAAAGACAAUAUGCGGAAUUAUUUGUGAACUCUCAACUUUUAAGAGGGAUCAGAGAACCUGCGGAUGUCGCCAAGAUGCCAGAUGAGAAGAGGGUAUUGGCCAUUCGAGCGAUGAGGAAUGCUCAAAGAUGUUUAGAGAUUUGUUUGAGGGGAGAUAACUAUCGAAAUGGUCUGAAAUACGCCGUUCAUUAUACACAUGUCUGUGCUGCUUUUGCAGCUUCUUUCUUGAUUCGAAUCGCUCGGUUGUUCCCUAAUGAACUGAAUUUGAAGAAGACCGCAAAGGAUGUAGAGGAAUUAGCGAUGGUCUUAUCUCAAAUCCCCGCUGGAAGAUAUGCACGAUCACUUCGAUUGAUCUUGCGUAAAGCCAGGAGACAGAAAGUGAUACCUGCCCCUAGUGCGAUGCCAUCGCCCAAUAGGGUUGCAAGUGCUCUACCGAACAUAUCUGGAACUGGACCUGGUCCUCGUGUGGGAUCUGGUACACCAGCAGAUUUAACCUCUGCAUUAGCGACAACAGCUGCCAGUGCAUUUUCACCUUCUCAACUUGUCAAUCCGGCAUUUUAUCCCAGUCCCGCUGCUGGUGGUGUGCUUCCUCCAGCUAAUAUGUCACCUAGUUCUGCGGCUGUUUUGAUGGCCACGGGUCAAUUGAUCAAUGAUAGUCCCUCUUCAGCUGAAUUGUUCGAAUUUGACUCACUGUUCGCUCAGGAGACUAUGGAAAAGGCUGGAAUACCCUUGGGAGAAGAUAAUCAAUUGCCUUUAUUCUUGGAUGGACAAUCAUUGGGAUCAUCCGCAAACCAACUUGACAUGGCACCAUAUGUUGGCUUGGAACAAUUCUUCUUACCUCAAGAAGUGGAUAAUAGAUUGACUGGGCCAGGGAAUGGAAUGAAUGAUGGGAAUCUGGGAGGCGAUGGAUUUACGGGAGGUGACAAUUCUUGGUGGUGA